GUCAUGAAGGGAGACUUCAACAGCUGAUGUGUCAACUUUUCAUUUCAUCUCAUAGAUUGGCACAAAAUGGGACUUGCACGUCGGUACUGGCUACGUUAAAAGAUACGACACAGGGUGUGAAAACUGUUCGACUACUCUUACAAAAGCUAGCUUUUUACAUUGUAUUCUACAUUUUUUCUAUACCGUGCUGCUAGCUUAGCACGCUAGCUAUCCAGCUAACGUUACUUCAGCGGGCUAAUCAUCUGCCGGCUAAAUUACCAGCACAACUUGAAGAUGAUUCAAAGGAUUUUUGGCUGAUGACUUAUAUCGAAGGACACUACUUUCAACUCUCGGAAAUUAGGACUUGGUGGACCGCGAUACAAAAAUGAAGAAACAAUUUAAUCGCAUGAAACAACUCGCCAACCAAACAGUUGGCAGAGCGGAGAAAACAGAAGUCCUCAGCGAUGACCUGUUACAGAUUGAACGCCGAAUGGAGCUGGUGCGAGUCGUUUCCCACAACACACACAAGAGACUGGUCACAUGUCUACAGGGGCACAUAGGCACAGAUGCUGAGAAGAGACAUAAAAAGCUCCCACUCACAGCUUUGUCACAGGCCAUGCAAGAUGGUGGAAGUCAGCUAGGGGAAGAGUCUCUUAUUGGGAAAAUGAUGGAAGUAUGUGGAGAUGCAGAGAAUAGAUUGGCGUCUGAACUGAUGCAGCAUGAGAUGCAGAUUGAGAAGGACAUUUUAGACCCACUUAAUCAAUUAGCUGAGAUAGAUAUUCCCAACAUACUCAAACAGAGAAGACAGCUGGCCAAGCUGGUGCUAGAUUAUGAUUCUGCUCGAGCAAGGUGGUUGCAGGCGACCAAGUCUAUAAUCUCGGGAACAAACACACAAGCACUGACAGCCAAGGCAGACUCACUUAAAGAAGAAAUGGAUGAAGCAAUGAACAAAAUGGAGCUCUGCAAGGAUCAACUUUCUGCCGACAUGUACAAUUUCUUUUCAAAAGAAGGAGAUUAUGCUCGCUACUAUGUAAUGUUAUUAGAAGCCCAAGCAGAUUACCACAGAAAAUCUCUCUCCGUGUUGGAAAGUGUCCUGCCAACCAUUCAGGCACAGCAAGACUCAUGGACAGAGAAGCCAGCAUUUGGAACAGGCUUGGACGAGCACCUGAAGCGCAGUGGUAGAGAGAUAGCACUUCCCAUAGAGGCCUGUGUGAUGAUGUUACUCGAGACUGGCAUGAAGGAAGAGGGUCUUUUCCGAAUAGCUGCCGGAGCCUCUAAACUGAAGAAGCUGAAGGCAGCACUGGACUGCUCCACCUCUCAGCUAGAAGAGUUCUACUCUGACCCCCAUGCUGUUGCUGGGGCUUUGAAGUCCUACCUAAGGGAACUACCUGAGCCUCUCAUGACUUAUCAGCUUUAUGAUGAGUGGAUACAGGCAUCCAAUGUACCUGACUCAGACAAAAGGUUACAAGCUUUGUGGUUGGUCUGUGAUCAAUUACCAAAGAACAAUAAGGCCAACUUCAGGUAUCUUGUGAAGUUCCUCGCUAAGCUUGCUCAAGAAAGUGAGAUUAACAAGAUGACCCCCAGCAACAUUGCCAUUGUCUUAGGACCAAAUCUAUUAUGGGCCAAAACAGAGGGGAGCCUAGCAGAGAUGGCUGCUGCUACCUCUGUUCAUGUGGUUACUAUCAUUGAACCCAUCAUUCAACAUGCAGACUGGUUUUUCCCUGAAGAUGUGGAGUUCAAUGUGUCUGGUGCAUUUUCAAUGCCAGCACCAAUGAUAAACCAUGUCAACCACCUGACUGUACCUGACCAUGACUCGGGCACAACAGAAAGGAAGAGGCCUAACAGUAUGGUGGGACCAGAUGGUGAUAUGCCUAAACGAGACAGCUCCUCUAACAAAUUAAUGGACCACAAUCUACGUAGAGGCAGUACGCUAAAUAGAAAGCAACACGCUUCGCCUGCCUUUCAGCCCCCUCUGCCCCCGGUGGAGGCUGCAGGUUCUGCAGGAGGCCAGCCUGUUGCUGAGCUCCUGCUGCAGCAGCCUACAUCGGCGGGCCUGGGCACGGAAGCUUGUCAGCCUAGCUUGGCGCUGGGGAUGGCUGCCUUAGCAGCAGCACAGCAGCUUCUAGCCCAACACACUGAGGAACUCAGCUCCAAGUCACGUGACUCAGCAUCCACACCUCCAGCUCAGAGAAAUGGUAGUGGAGGUUCAGCACAGCUGAGCGUGGUGCCCCCGGUGGCAGGAUCAUCAGGGCCCAGUCCUCACACAGCACGGAGAGGCACAAAGAAGCCAGCUCCUGCUCCACCUAAACCAACCAACCCACCUUCAGGCCAGCUGAGCGGUCAGUCAGCUCCAUAUCCCUUGUCUGGGACCCCUCAGUCCCUUUCUCCAUCUCCUAGACCUCUUUCUAGUCCCUCUCCAACCAGUCUGAGCCCUACUCAGUUAGCAGCUCAGCUCACCACAACUCCUCGGCGCCACUCAAGCAACCAGCCUCCCAUCCAGGCACCCAAUCAUCCGCCCCCAGAGCCCCCUACCCAGGUUACACCACCUCUCCAGCCCAAAGCUCUUGGGCAGACAGCAGGAGAGCCAACAGAAGAUCCCUCACCACCCAGCACUCCUACUCCCCCACAUACACCUCCACCAAUGGUCAUAUCACCUGACAACACCAGUACCAAUGCUCCUUCCCAAUUUCAGUCUGGCUCUCUGCCACGGCCUCGGCCUGUGCCCAAACCACGCAACAGACCCACUGUCCCCCCUCCACCACAGCCUCAUAGCGCAGGGACUGACACCAAUGGCAUCUGCAGCACUGCUUACAAAAUGAUGGAUGCGGGGAUGCCAUUCAAAGGGCUGGGUCGAGACCUUGCCACAGAGCACCAGCCGGUCACCCAGCUAAAGGAUGCUGACCUGGACUCGGAGAGCACCAUCCUGUAAGGAAACCCAAAACGUAUCUGAAACGCUGCUGUUCUCACCAACUUACCAAAGUGCUCAUCAGCUUGGCUCGUUUUCCAAAAUAUCUGAACGUGGCACAGAAGGAACAGUGGUAUGGAAUCGUGACAUGUCUGUAAUGUUUAAUGCUCUGUCUUUUCCAAGUGUAAUUCAAUGAAAGGAAAUGGUAAAUUAUGUGAUUAGGUGAAUUUUGUGUUUUAGGUGAAAAAGUUACUGGAUUGAGGUACAUGGUGGGUCUUACGUGGCCUUAGUUAAAAAAAAGAAAAGUGCAAAGUAGAAACCAUAUACUGUGGCUUUAAGUGUAGCCUGUGACUGCUGGUUUCCAGUCAGCUAAUAUACUCCUAAUUUUGUCUAUGUAAACUGUCCUACAUCACAUUUAUAUCUGUUUCCAUCCACACAUUCCCUAGGGCUUAAAUAAAUAUUUAAAUUGUUUCCUAUGAAACAAGACUUAUAAUGCCUAUUGUGAUUAGUAGAAAUACAUGCAAUACAUUACCUAUAGUAUGAAGUGUACACAUGCCACAGAGUUAGUAUUCUGCCUUCAACUGCUCAUUGUUUUUCCUUGUGCUGGGGCAUUAACACGGUCAGUCCUUGAUGAUAAUUUAUUUCACAACAUUCAUUUGUAUGUGUAAUACAGCCUUCUGUGUAAGAAAUCCUGAAUUGUUUAAAAGCCAAUGUCCUAUUGUUUAUCAAAUAGUUACACUGACAAACAACAAACUGACAAAGAACCGGACAAUGUGUAACUUGUUGGUCAAAUGUUCAGCAACAUUUUCUGUGCUUUACUGGAUAUUUUACUGUGUUCCCAGAAGAAAACUAUUGAAUGGUACCAAGUGACACAAAAAUAUGUGCCACUUGUGCCACCCUUAAAAUGAUGACACUAAAGACAAUCUUUACAGCUUGUAUAUUCACUGGCCUUGCCUUUACCUUGCUGCCUUACCUUUUUGGAAAAUGAACUGACACUCUAAAUGUUUAAGGUGCAUUUAAAGUUCAGAAACUGUACAACAACAAAACUUCUGAACUUAUUUAGAAAAAUAAAAUGCUUGGUAUAACUGCUUUUAAGAUGAAUUAAUAAAAGCACAGUGACAACUCUC